AUGUCUGGAAAUAAUCUGCAUGGUCAAGCCCAGAGCCAGUACCAGCAAGCUCAGGCUUCGGAUUAUCAGCGGCAACAGCAGUUACAACAUCAACAACAGUUACAGCAGCAACAGCAGCAACAGCAACAGCAGCAACAGCAACAGCAACAGCAGCAACAGCAACAGCAGCAACAGCUACAGCUGCAGCAGCAACAGCGGCAACAACAACUACAACUUCAACAACAAUCCCGUCUUCAACAACCUCCUGCAUCAAAUAUUAAUGACGAAAGUUACACCUAUCUUCAACAACAGGAACGCCGGCUACAACUCCAUUCUCUUUCUCAAUCCCAAUUCCCUAACCAAUUCCCUCCAGGACAUCUUCAUUACCAGUCCCGAAUUAACCCAGUCGCAGGCCCUAUUCACUCAUUUGAAUUCUCUGAACCUCAUUAUUCUGGAACUCGCAAAACACAUAGACAAAAUACUUCUUCUGUAGACCUUUCCCCGGGUGCUCUUUCCCGUAUCCAAGAUGAACAAGACAUCAUGCUUACUGAAGAACGUGAGGCUCACUCCAAACUCGUCCUCAAACACCUCGCUGCCCAACCAAACCAACCUAUAUAUAAUACACGCAUACGACACGGCUUUGCCGCAGACUAUGAGUCGGAACAAUUUAUGAAGCUUCUUGCAGAAGUUUUUUACAUUUACUUUGAAGAUAAACGUCAUGAAACCGCCGGAACCCCACGCACAAACAAGGAAAUCAUACCCGCAGAGUGGCGCAUGAAGGACCGUCAACGCACAGUCUCCGCAGCCCUCGUCCUUUGUCUUAACAUUGGAGUCGAUCCCCCAGAUGUUAUUAAAACUCAACCCUGCGCAAAAUUAGAGGCCUGGGUCGACCCUACUGCAUACACAGAUCCUAAAAAGGCAAUCGAACAUAUCGGCCGCCAACUCCAAGGCCAAUACGAAGUUCUUUCCACAAAAACCCGCUAUAAACAAACUCUCGACCCAAAUGUUGAAGACGCAAAACGCUUCUGCAUUUCUCUCCGUCGAAGCGCUAAAGACGAACGCAUUCUCUUCCAUUACAAUGGCCACGGCGUACCGCGACCAACUGCCUCAGGUGAAAUCUGGGUCUUUAACAGAGGCUAUACACAAUACAUUCCAGUCUCUCUUUAUGACCUACAAAGUUGGCUAGGUGCUCCAUGUAUAUUUGUCUACGACUGCCAUGCCGCUGGCUUCAUUGUCAGCAAUUAUCUUCGCUUCGUCGAAAAACGUAAAGUCGAUGAACAAAAUGGAAAUAAAGACCCUGGCGCACCACCAGCAAAGGCCUUUGAAGACUGUAUCCACCUGGCUGCCUGUGCAUCUGACGAAACACUCCCCAUGAACCCUGAUCUUCCAGCAGACCUUUUCACCUGCUGCCUUACUUCCCCAAUAGAAAUGGCUGUGCGUUGGUUUGUCCUAGAGUCAACCCUCACCAAAAAGUACUACACAUGCCUCACUAUUCCUGGGCGCAUCUCCGAACGCCGUACCCCGCUGGGCGAGCUCAAUUGGAUUUUCACCUCCAUCACCGACACAAUCUCUUGGACCCUUUUCCCCCGACCACUCUUUAAAAAGCUUUUUAGACAAGAUCUCGUUGUGGCUGCUCUAUUCCGCAACUUUUUACUGGCUGAGCGUAUCAUGCGUGCUCACAAUUGCCAUCCAAUUUCAUACCCUUCUCUUCCAGCAACUCACAACCAUCCCAUGUGGAAAGCUUGGGAUUUGGCUGUUGACCAUUGUUUGACCCAACUCCCUGAUCUCAACGCUGCAAGCCAACCAGGUGGAAAGCCAUACGAGUACAAACACUCAAACUUUUUUGAGGAACAAUUAACUGCUUUUGAAAUCUGGCUCAAGUACAAGUCUCUCGAUCUCGACGAAGCUCCUGAACAAUUACCUGUGGUUUUGCAAGUUCUCCUCUCACAAAUUCACCGCGUUCGUGCCUUAGUCUUGCUAAGUAGGUACCUGGAUCUCGGACCAAAGGCAGUACAACUCGCCCUCUCCAUUGGAAUUUUCCCCUAUGUCUUAAAGCUUUUGCAAUCUCCUAUGCAGGAACUUAAACCUGUUUUAAUCUUUAUCUGGGCCCGCAUAAUGGCUGUCGACCAUACUACCAUCCGCCCAGAGCUAUUUAAGGAUAAUGGUUAUACUUAUUUCCUUAAUGUUCUUGUCCCCCAGCAAGAUUUUGUCAUUCACAGCGUCAACAUCUCCGACCAUCGUGCAAUGUGCGCUUUUAUCAUCUCUCUCUUUUGUCGUGGUUACAAACCCGGUCAGCAAAAGUGUACAUCCCCUGAUAUAUUGCGUGCUUGCAUCAACCACACUUUUGACCUAGAUUCGCCCUCACUCCGUCAAUGGGCAUGCCUUUGCAUCUCACAAAUUUGGGAAUCUAACACGGAUGCCAAGUGGCUUGCUAUUAAUGACAAUAUUCUUGAACAACUGGCUCGGCUUUUAGUUGACCCAGUUCCAGAAGUGCGCACGGCAUGUGUACUUGCAUUCACCACCUUUUUGGGCAAGGGGAACCCUGAUGAACUAAUACCCGAGGAAAUCAAGAAGCAAGAACUUAAGCUGGCUCAAGCUAUUCUUCCACUUGCUAACAAUGGCUCCUUUUUGGUCAGACGUGAAGUCAUGGUCUUCUUCUCCCACUUUGUCAAGCAAUACCUCAGUCAAAUGCUUAUUUGUGCAUUCACCAGUUUAGAAGACGAAGCUGUUCUCCUCAACUCUUAUGUCCCUAAUACAUCUUCCACUUACGGCUCUCCAGCAGAGGGUACUGUGUUCAAUAAUGUAUGGCGGUCUCUUCUCAUUGCCUCCGAGGACCCCUUCCCGGAAGUGGCCCAGUAUGCCCAACUAAUUGUUGACUAUAUUCUCGAUUUAUUUGAGUCUACAGUUUUAAAUGAUGAGAGCGAAACUCUCGAGGAUCAGAUUGUCCAAACUGCAGCCCAAAACUACCGAAAAAAGACGGCUGCAGUUGAACAGCGUCUCAUGGAAAAAAGUUCUUUAAUCACCCAGCUCAGCAACUCACAAGCUCUUGCUGCUGCUUCUUCUGAGCUUUCGGAACCUUCCUCCCCAACAGAAUCGCGCCUUGCUUCCACCAUCAAGCGUUCUGUUUCUUUUGCAGUUUCCCUGCGCCAAGCCUGGAUGGGAACAGGUGCGAGCUCUGACGCCGACGGCGGGUCUCCGUCUCCGUUGAGCUCCAAUGGAACUGUCUUUAACAUGCCAUAUGGCCAUGGGAAGCGUCCUGUCAAUGCUAGAUACCAGGGAUCUUCAGUCGCCGGUGAAGAAGGCUUGAAGGAAAAAAAGAAAAUAACACUUCCUUUGGAAAGUGGGUUUUUCGAAUGGGCUUCUGAGUAUUUCCAAGAACCACAAAUGAACCAAGCCGAGGUUGACGAGCCUGGCAGUGAACUUAAUCUCGAGAGACUGUGGCGCAAAACACGAAACGAGAAAAUUAUGGCGGAAACUCAACCAGAAAAGGACCUUGCACUUUCUGGAAACUGGAACAAUCAAGUUGCUACCCUCAACAAUGGCACCCAACCAGCUCGUUUGCUCUUUGCUCAGUUCGAACCUCAUCUUAUAGCUGUAAAUACCCAAGACGGCGUGUCAGUCUGGGACUGGUCCUCGUCCAAGCGCCUCAACAAGUUUUGCAACGGAAAUCCUGUCAACUCUCGUAUUACUGAUGCGAAAUUUUUAAAUGAGGAUGACCAACCUUUGCUUUUAACUGGUUCAUCAGAAGGUGUUGUGCGAAUUUAUAGACGCUAUGAUUCACCAGAAAAUGUUGAACUUGCUUGUGCAUGGCGUGCACUCACGGAUCUUUUGCCUGCACAAAAGAGUACGGGCUUGGUUGCCGAGUGGCAACAAAGUCGUGGCGCAUUGCUUGUUGGAGGUGACGUGCGUGUCAUUCGUCUCUGGGAUGCCCCUCGUGAAAUGUGCAUAGCCGACAUCCCGGCGCGGUCCAGUUCUCCUGUCACUGCACUUACGUCAGAUCAGGUUGCGGGUAAUGUAGUGAUUGCUGGAUUUGGUGACGGAGCUAUUCGUGUGUACGACCGAAGAUUGGACUACCGUGAUACCAUGGUGCGCUGCUGGAAAAACCACUCGAGCUGGGUUGUCAAUGUUCGCAUGCAGCGCGGUGGUGCACGCGAGCUGGUCAGCGCCAGUACUGAUGGCACGGUAUGUUUGUGGGAUAUUCGCCUGGCAAACCCUAUCAUUGAGUAUUCUACGGGCAACAAAACCACGGGACAGGGCAUGUCUGUGAUGGAUGUACACGAGCACGCUCCCAUUGUUGCAACAGGCACACGCAGCAUCCAGCUGUGGUCGACGCUGGGCGUGGCCGCAGCAACGCGUACUGUGAAUCGGCCUGGAUCCAACAGCUACAUUAACCGGGCAUACUCUACGUACUCUUCUGCAUCGGCAUUUACAAAUGCAUUUGGCUAUGAUUCCAGUAAUGGUUAUUUGAGUGUGAGCAACAGCAGCAGCAAUGGCAGCAACGGACUCGGCAAUGGCAAUGGCAAUAGCAAUGGGUAUGGUGUAGGAUACAAUGGAUACGACACUGGAAGUAAGUUGACGCACCUAACAUUUCAUCCACACCGCAUGAUGAUGGCGGCUAAUUACCAUCGGGAUGCUAAUAUUACUGUUUACAAGUGUGUGGAGCAGGGACAGUAA